AUGUCACAACCAGAAGCAUCGACAUCGCAACAACCAAUGACAAACGGUCAGAUCACGGAAGAUGAGGCAUCGUUGUAUGAUCGUCAGAUUCGAUUAUGGGGCUUGGAAGCACAAAACAGAAUGCGAUCUUCAACAGUACUUGUCCUUUCCUUGAGAGGAGUAGCUCAUGAAACCAUCAAAAAUCUAGUUUUAGCUGGAAUAGGAAGAUUGAUCGUAGCAGAUGAUAGUGCAGUCUCUGAAGAGGAUUUAGGGACAGGGUUCCUCUUUAGGGAAGAAGAUGGAGCUGUCGGCCAGAAUAGAACGAAAGCUGCUUUACCACAGAUAUCAAGCUUGAAUCCACUUGUCUCACUGACUGCUUUUGAAACGCUACAACCUUUUGUUGGUGGAUCAGAAGGUGAAAUUGUGGAUAUAUUGAAGAAGGAAAAAGUAGAUGUUAUAGUAGCUUGCGAUUUACCACGAUCACAACUGGAAAUCAUAGAUGAAGCUUCUCGAAAAGCAGGUUCUAUGUUUUAUGGCGCUGGAACAUAUGGUUUCUUUGGAUAUGUGUUCGCAGAUUUAGGGGAAAGCUACGAAUAUGUCUACAACCCAAAACCUACACCUGAAAAUCCGUCACCUGGAUUAGCGAAGAAAUCCCUUUCCUAUCCUUCUUUCGCUAAAGCACUCUCAUCAGAUCAUUGGGACAAUCCUGCUUCACAAGCUGAACAAGGCGGAAGUCCGUAUAGAGGACUAACGAAGAAUGAAAGCAAGAAUGCUGCUCCAGGUGUCGUUUUAGGUUUAUUAGCUUUAUGGGAGUAUGAGAAGACAAAAUCAAUGUUACCGAGUGGAGGUGAAGGUCAGAUAGCUGAAAUGAUCGCGAGCGCCGAGAAGCUCAAAGAUGAUCUGGGCGUAAAUGUCAAAGCUAUACCGACAGUGGAUGUUGAUAUGAUACAACAUCUCGCGUCUCACGCAACCCACUUCUUCCCACCUACGCUGGCCGUCCUGGGUGGUUUACUCGCUCAGGACGUGCUCAGAGCUCUAAGUAGGAAAGAUCGACCGAUCGUCAAUCUCUUAACGGUGGACACGAUGGGAGGAGUGGGUGUAGUAGGACGGUGGGCAAUGGGCGAAGGUGCUGAUGUGUAA